UAACCACAACCGUUCCCAUCUCAAGCAUGAACAUUUGCUAUGAAUCACUCAAUUCAAUAGCAUUUUUGUCAAGUAUUUCACCCUCUUAAAAGUAGUUUCUGGUAAGCCAAGUGGCUCUUUUUGUUGCUUGAUAACUUAUUACAAUAUUAAUUUUCCAUCAAAUACUUCACCUACCCACCAAGAAAACAAGUAUUAACCAUAAGCAUGAUCAUAUUACAUCCAUCUAACAAUUAAAAGCUGCUCCUCUCAUAAAAUGUUCCUAGUAAUAAUAAUGUUGUUCUUGGUUUUGAACUAGUACGAGAUAAGCAGGUAAUGGAGCACCAAGACUAGUGCCCCAGAAAAUUAAUAAGUAAUAUAACAUUUCAUAACAUAGAUGAUAAACAGGACUGAUCAUGCACCCUGCAAUUGGAGGGACUUGGGGUGGGAAUGGAACUUCAGAAAGAAAAGAAUCCAAGACAGUGGGACUUGCGACAAGUCGGCUAAUCUACGUGCAAUUCAUGUAUCGGUGUGUUCUCCUAUAAUUAUGAACCACCCGACCUGGAAACUUUUAUUGGGUGGACGAUUCGAGAUCUUUAGGAGGAAAGGAGACAACAUCUGCAGCAGAACAUAUUGUUGCUUUCAAAUAAUUUGGAAAGAAAGAUACAGUGGAUAUCUGAACUGUAUAGAAAUUGAAUAAGAUGGCGAAGGAAGAAAAAAAGAAGAGGGUGGUGGUCGAAUCCCUAGGAUGGCUAACGGAAUCUUCCAUCAUGCCCAAGUUCGUAGGGCCUGGAAGAACUGCUGGAAUCCUUGACAAUGAUGAGCAUAAGCAUUUCGUAAGAGAAGUUCAUGAAGAAGUCAAUCAAGCAAGGGAGAGAGUGUCUGAACUAAAAUUGCGAAGGCAAGAGCAAGCAGCAGCUCAUCGUGAGAAACUCAGGCAGGCCUAUCUUCGGAAACAAGUGGAGAAGUUGAAGUCUGCGUCAAAAACAGAACAGGCAUGAGUAGUAGAGCUGGAAAGGUGAUAUGUGACUAUGCAAAUGGAAAUAGAGAGAAACCCCCAUUGUAUUAUUUACUAACUUGCAUUGAUUUCGUCCUCUGUGCAUAACAAAAUUUAGUUACAAAUCAACUCACCGGUUUGCUCACUAGAAUAUAUUUAUUCACUGUUUUUUACCCCAUCAUUCUUAUGGAACAUAUAGCAAUUGCAGUCGUACCGCCCUCGUUUAUCUGUCAUUUUUGCUUGAGGCUGAUUGCAGCAUCAGCGUAGAAAAUGAGUGAGUUCUCUUUCCUAUUGUACAAAAUACGU